AUGGUGAGCAGAUCCAGAGUCUCGCAUCAUUACCCCCUGGAGGCUGGUCAGUAUAUUAACCUCUGGAUACCGUUGGUUAGUCUAUGGUCGUGGAUGCAGACACACCCUUUCACGGUCACAUCGUGGUUUGAGGGUGCACAAGACACGGUGAAACUUCUGGUGCAUCCAUGCUGUGGUUUAACUGCUGAUCUUCUUCGCUAUGCCUCCGCUACUGCGGGGAGCUCGGUUUCUUUCGUGGCCUUGUUCACUGGUCCUCAUGGAGUGAGUGAGGAAGUUGGCCGUUAUGAAAGUGUUUUAGUCCUUGAUAGCGGAUCUGGUAUCGCCGUGGUUCGCCGGCUGCAUUUAGUGUGGCAGGUAGAAUCAGUUGACAAGAUAACCCCAGCCCUGGCCCUACUAAAUAACCUCCUGAAGGACGUCAUCAUGGAUGAUGGUUAUAUACUGCAUAUUUCUGUUUACGUCAGGGACGGCCUUGAGCAGAAUGAACUACCAUUCGGUCGGCAUAAACGAGUCUGUAUUUACCAUGAAGCACCAGAUUAUCAAAGCAUAAUUUCCCUCGAGGCAUCUGGAAAUCAAAUUGAGAGGCUCCCUGAACCCUGGGACGAGCAAGGUCGAAUGCUGGUGUUCGGCCUCUUGUAG